CUCAUUGUGGUACAGACAGAGGAAAAGGUGCAGGAAGGGAAUGCAGUUUGGUUGAUAGAGUGAUUGAGGAGUAGCAACAGAUCCUGGGUUCUGUUUUUGCACACUGUUUUAAUUGAGGUUCAGGGGGAAUUUUAAUUGGCAGGUGCAAAUUGUAGGAGUUAAUCCUGGGGCUGAAGUGACUCAGGUUGUGAUUCUUCAGUUUGUGUGGGGUGCGAGGGGCAUCAGGGUCAGUGAUGACCUGUGGCAAGAGACUCAGGAUUUUAGGUUAUCCUCAGCGACAUAAGCCAGGAAGAGGCAAUGCACGAUAAUGAGACCUUGUCUCCAGCAAAAGCAAAAAUGAAAAACUCAGAACAAAAAAGAGAUAGAGAAUAGAAAAGGCAGAGUAACACAAUACAAUGUAUCUAAUUUAAGUAGUUCAUAAACCAUCUGGAAUCUCUUUCAAAUCUGACCUGAAACUGAAACCACAUCAUCCACAGAAUAAAAAGGUUACAGCACUGCCUUCUCCAACCCUUGCUUUUAGAAGAGGCCAGAGACCCAGCCACCAAAGAUCUGCCCAGAUGUUUUUGGACUUGAAGAUGACAUCAAAAAUUCACAAGUUCCUCCUAACUUGGUUGUUAACCAAGCAGGUGACAGGCCUGGCUGAGUCUUCCAACUUGGACAUGGCUCCCAAUGCAUUUGAUGAUCAGUAUGAGGGCUGUGUCCAAGAAAUGGAGGAGAAAGCACCCCAGUUGUUAAAAGAAGACUUCAACAUGAGUGAGCAAUUAAAAGUUGAGUGGAAAAAGGCAGAUCAACAUUGGAAGAAGAUAAAAAACAAAAUGAGCUAUCCGGAAGGUUUCCAUGAUUUCCACGGAACGGCUUUAGUGGCCUACACUGGGGACAUUCACAGAGAUUUUAACAGAGCUGUUAGAGAAUUCAGGAAAAAUUUCCAUAACUUUCCUUACAAGGCUUUCCAUUACUACUUAACAAGAGCUCUUCAGCUUCUGCAUAACAAGAAUUGUUACACAGUUUACCGAGGCACCAAAACCAAAUUUCUUUACAGAGGGAAGGGCUCUGUGCGAUUUGGACAGUUUGCUUCCUCAACGUCAGCUAAGGCUGUAGCUGUUUCAAAAUCAUUUUUAAGUAAUCAUGGGACACUGUUCAGCAUUGAAACAUGCUUAGGGGUUGACAUCAAAGAAUUCUCCUUCUUAUCCAAUGAAAAGGAGGUGUUAAUUCCAGGCUAUGAAGUAUAUCAAAAAGUAAAAGCAAGACAAAUUGGAAAAGGGUAUGAUGGGUACUAUGAAAUUUCUCUGGACUCUCCUCAAAGAAAGAAGAGCAACUUUAAUUGCUUCUAUAGCAAUUCUACGGACAUAGUCAGCAGCCAUCUGAGCAGUUCAGGAGGCAGAGACAGUCCUGCAUUAUUGCUGCUUGUGGUGCUACCUGGUCUCCUGGUCCGGCUGCUUGCUCUUGCUGAGUGUAGCAAUAGCUUUCCUGCAGUUCAUGGGUCUGAGUGCUGAAGAGAGGCCAAAAGAAAAAAAACAUGGAUGAUUUUCUAAGUUCUGUGGUAGAAUGAAGGCUGUGAUCAUUUUUGGGGAAGAUGUACUUUAACAUUAAUAACUUCUACAGAUAUCUAAGGAACUUACUGGGUCUGUGGGUGAAAUUUCAAGUUUACUACUCCUUGACUCUGUUCUAUGAUGAAAAAGCAAUGUUUGUCUGCUUCAUCAGCAGUUACAGUUUUAAAGUACGCAACAUAUGAUGAAUAUUGCAAUCUAAAGAAAUAAACAAUUUAUAACCACA